GUCUGAUCUCUAUUAAUAAAUGUUCGUACCGUCUCGUACAGAGCAGAAAAAAGAGAGAGAGAAAGAAAGAGAUAGAAAGAGAAUGCCGAGAAAGAACGUCACAUAUAGAAGAGAAGAGAGAACAGGCGAGGGCGAGGGCGAGGGCGAGGGCGAGGGCGAGGGCGAGGGCGAGGGCGAGGGCGAGGGCGAGGGCGAGGGCGAGGGCGAGGGCGAGGGCGAGGGCGAGGGCGAGGGCGAGGGCGAGGGCGAGGGCGAGGGCGAGGGCGAGGGCGAGGGCGAGGGCGAGGGCGAGGACGAGGGCGAGGGCGAGGGCGAGGGCGAGGGCGAGGGCGAGGACGAGGACGAGGACGAGGACGAGGACGAGGGCUUGGCUUCAUGCACGCGUAAUGUUCGCGUGAAUCAAGUUUGCAAUAAGCCGCGUCUCACAGCGGAUUACAACGCUUUGAUGACGCUGAUAGCAUAUCUGUUCUGUGUCAAAAAAUGCAAGUCAAUACAUCAAUCUAUUCACUGAGAGUGCACAUAAAAUCGAGAACGCGGAUUUUAGGAUCUUUUAUUUCGGUGGAAUAAGAUCAACGUAGCAUUCUCUGGUGAGGUCAUUUUUUUAUACAAAAGGCAUACGGAAAAGAAUCGAAUAAAGAAUCUCUAUUGAUUAAAGAAAAAAAAAAAGAAAAAAAAUAGCGCGAUGAUUGAAAGAUUAAAUAAGAAGCAAUUCUAGAAAAUUUUUAACUUCUAUCAUUAAUGCAUGUAGUACGGUACAAAGUACCAUAUUAUAAUAUCUUUAUCAAAUUUAUAGCGAGCAAUAUUUCGGCAGCUUGUAUUAUAUACUACCCUUUGAUGAGUACAAACUUUUUCGUGGU